AUAGGGUUCAAGAUGCUGUUUGGUUGUUCCAGAAGGUAUUGCAUGAGAAAGUGUGUGAGGUAAAUCAAGUCACACUAUUAAUACUGAUCGAUGGCCUCUGCAAGGCAGGGCACACUGUUAAGGCUAGUAAGCUGCUUCACUUAUUUGACGAAAAAGGGAAGCUGCAAGCCAGAUAUUUCUGCAUAUAACACCGUUAUUGACUCGUUGUGUAAGGAUAAAAUGGUGGACGAUGCGCUAGGCUUGUUUGAGAAGAUGAUGGAAAAGGGCAUUCCUCCUGUUGUCGUGACCUAUAAUUCGCUAAUUGAUGGGCUAUGCAAAUUCAGUCGAUGGGAAGAUGUCAAACAGUUACUGAAAAGAAUGACGGAUUACAGAGUUUCUUUGAGUGUUCAGACAUACACCAUUCUAGUGAAUGGGUUUUGCAGUGAAGGAUGGAUCGGCGGUGCUGAAAAAAUCAUGAAUAGAAUGAUUCAAGAAGGUGUUGAUCCUAACAGAAUCACUUACAAUGCUUUGAUGGAUGGAUAUUGCGCACAAGAAAAAAUGGACAGUGCAUUGCAAAUUUUAGAGAUCAUGAUAGAUAGGGGAUGUGACCCUGAUAUUCGCACAUAUAAUAUUUUAAUAAAUGGAUAUAGCAAGAAUGGGUGUUCAGAUAAAGCCAUACAGCUAUUUGAUAAAAUACCGAGUCAAGGCUUAAAGCCCACACUUAUUAGCUACAGCAUAAUGCUGGACUGUUUAUUUAAGGCAGGGAGAUGUGGUGAUGCUGAGAAGCUCUUUAAAGAGAUGGUGGCAAAUCGAGAGCAUCCAAAUCUCAUCAUCUACAACAUUGUUUUGGAUGGAUUCUGCAAGAACGGUCGUGUUUCACAAGCGCUUUCUUUACUAAGGAUGAUGGAAGCUAAGAGUUUUGUCCUUGACGUAGUCUCCUAUACUACUCUCAUUAAUGGACUAUUCAUAGAUGGAAGGCCAUGGAGCGCAAUAGAAAUAUCAAAUAUUCAAUGUCAUUCCUUCUAAAGGGCUGCAGCCAAAUAAGAUAACUUACUUGAGUAUGAUAAGUGGUCUUUGCCGAGAAGGUUUGCUAGAAGAUGCAAAAGAUAUGUUCAUGAAAAUGGAGAAAAAUGGGCACAUGGCUGAUAGCGUGAUAUACAAUAUACUCAUACGUGGGUUAUUGAAAAAGAACGAGCAUCUUGAAGCAAUAUUGCUCUUGGAGGAGAUGUUAAGAGUUGGAUUCUCAGCCGACAAUAGAACCUCUGAGAUUGUACUUGAGACAAUUCUGCAAGAAGGACCAGAUUCCACUCUACUUCAUAUGCUUUUGAAAAAAGAAAUUGAAGGAAAUAGGGAAAAAAUCCGCUCUUAAAAUGGUUACCGUGAAAUGUAUGUAUUGGUUUAUCUUUCAUGUCUGUCUGAAUGAUAGAUUGAUAGAUGCUAAUUUAUGAUAAACAAACACAAAGAACCAGAACUCAGUGUGUAUUCUCAUUCUUGAUGAAAGUAGUCACUCUUCUGAUUAUGACUUGUUUCUUAAAGAUGCCAGAAGCUUUUUGCUCAAAAGUUAUAAAUGUGUUCAAGUCAACAUGUGCAAAUGAGAGAUAUGUAUCCAUAAGGAAAAGGUAGGCUAAAAAAUUGCAUGUCAACUUAAUUCCGUGUUCUUUACCCUAGAAAUAUUUUGUUCUCAAAAUGCUGCAUGGUUGAAUCUUAGGGAAAGAAAAAAUGAUAAGAAAAACGGGUUUGUUUUCUCAUGUUCGGUCUUACCCAGCAAAAUACAAAGGAAAUUCAAAUUUUAUC